AUGCAGAACGACGAGCUCGGCUUGGUACGACAAAAAGAACUCGCCUUCUCAGAAUUCACUGAGGCUCCCGUCAAAUUUGCUCCAACGCACAAAUUCGAAGUAGGAACGAAUGACUACGUACCCAAUCGCAUUCCUUCUUUUACGGAUCGAGUGUUAUAUUGGACAAAACAACCAAAUUGGAUCGAGUGUACAGCAUAUAACUGCAUACAAAAACCAUCCCAGUCCGAUCAUCGGCCAGUCUAUGCAAUAUUCCGAUUAGAAGUAAUUAAUAAGAAAUCGCCCAGAAGAUUCAACAGUGACCAAGUAAAUAAUGAAAGCUCACAAUCUACACCAGCCGGAAGUCCCACUAGAAAUCUACUGCUCAAGGAAAAUUCAAGCCAAAUGUGA